CUUCUUCGUAUUUUCAAUCCUGUAGCUGUAGAAGAGACAAAGGAACGUUCAACGAUUUUAGUUUAUACUAAAGGGGAGGCUUAUCGCACUCAAAAUAUUCCUAAUAUAAACUUUCCAAUGAAAGGCUAGCUCGGAGAGUCUUUCGUUGCCCAACGAAAAUUUAACUGACGAAAACAUUAAAAUGAAUUCUCGUUUUGCAAUAAUAAGAUUCACUAUUAAGCUGUUACGUCGUGACGACUGCACGAUUCUUCUCUUUCGGGUAUCUGUUAUUAGAAUUUAAUUAAGCGGAUAAACGGAUGACACAUGUUCUGUUACGAUCGCGACGGCUACGCAACUGAAUUUCCGGGAGUCGGUUACUAAGAAUUUGGCUAAGCGGAUAAUCCCUAUUAUCCUAAUCGCGGAAAAACAACACGUGUACAGAUGUUUUCCUCAACAUCAUAUAUAUAUAGUGCCCUUAAAGGCACGGAACACACACUCUCUGCUACGUCCUUUUUUUUUACACGGUCGGAACAUUUUCAGUUUAUCAGUUUGUCGAUAAUUCAGUUUGUCAAUAAUUCAGUCGGUGUCAGUCGAAAAUAAUCAACAAGUACAAGUGAUCAAGUUUCCUGAUGACACCAUUACCGCCUUCAUCUCGCAGGUCUCAAGUCUCCAGAGUAAAAUGAAAGCUGCAUCAUCCACUCUCUCCGACACUCAAAGACGGAGGCGAGCCCUGAAGAGGCUCCGUUACCGUCGGAACAAGCGAGCGCAUCAAUCAGGGAACUAUCCUUCGCCUAGGACAUCCGAGGUUUUGAUACAUCAAGAAACCACGAGUUGUUCCAGCAGGAGACCCCAUUAUUUACACAUAUCUUCUCCAUCCUAUUCCCCGAUCAAACCAGCUGAACCUGGAUCACCCCCAGAUUUCAGUGUACUCUUCCCAGAACGCCAUGACCUCCAGAUAUAUCCAGAUUUCCGCACCCAGAAAUCCUUAGACGAGUUCUGCGAACUACGGACUCCUUCCCCUCCUCCCCUAGACCUCACUAGCGAAAAACCCGACCUCCUCUCAGAAACAACCACACACAGACAACAACAUACAAAUUUAAAAUAG